UGCUUAAAAGAAGGAAAUGGAACAUGGCGUCAGAUUCAAACGGAAUUUCAGGGUAAAAAGGAACUUGCAGCAAUGCCCACUGUAUCUCCAAAGGCUUCAACGAAGUCACGGCAUCGUGACAAAUCUCUGAACAGGAUUAAAGAGACCGCACAGUCGAAACAAAGCCUGCGGACCUCACAAAAACAGGCUCCACAGUCGCCUAAGCCUUCCCACGAUGAAAUGGCAAGACUAAAAGAGAUUAUUAAUAAACUUCAAAGUGAACCACAAAUUAUCCAAAGCGAAGUGAUGGAUGACUUCAGUGGCUCCUCAGACUUGAGAUGGAAAGUCAACAAAUUGGAGAAGGACAAGCUGGAAUUAUCUACUAAGUACAAUGAAGAGGUGGCCAGAUAUGAAGGGGAGAUAGCGAAGCUCCGGGCUGCUUUGGAGAGAGGAGAGGCUCAGAGGCAGAACUUGGAGUAUGAGAUGGCUCUGGUCAGAAGGGACGCCAUGAUGGAGAAGAAUGCGACCGAGGUGAAGGCCGCAGCUGUCCACAGUAGAAGCGAAAAGCUGAAAGUCCGAGCUGCUGAGCUGCAGCAGCGUGUGUUGGACCUGGAGAAGGCCCUGAGUCUCACCAGACACGCGCGUGAUGAGGACCAGCAAGCCCUGCACUUAGAGCUGGAGGAGAGGGACCGGCUCCUUAUGACCACCAACGCAGAGUGUGACCACCUCACCACGGAGAAGAAACGCCUGGAGGCCCUGCUUCAGAGUGAGGAGGACACUCUGAAGGAGCUCCGCAGGAGGAUGGACCAGAUGCAGGAGGAGAGGGAGAGGGACACAGAGAGCCUGAGGAGGCAGGCCGGGGAGCUCCGCUUAGUCUCCGAAAGGGAGCACCGCUUCAAGAUGGAGCUGGAGGCAGCUCAGCUCAGAGUGAAGGCCCUGGAGGAGAACGUGGAGUCCGAGAGGGCAGCCCACCUGGAGUCCAAAUUAAACUCUGAAAUCAUACAGCUGCGUGCCCGGGACCUUGAGGCUGUGCUUCAGCUGGAGAAGAGUGCCCAGGUGGAGGCUCUCUCCAGUCUGGAGCUGAUGAAACACAGGUUUGGGGAUGUGGAGAAGGCCUAUGAGCAGGAGAGGGACAAGGCCAGAGAUUCCCUCCAGCAACUCGCCAAGUUUGAGAAGGAUUAUCUGGCCAGGAAGAGCGAGCUGACAGAGGAGUUGAAGGAGAAGAGGAGAGCUGUGGUAGAGCUCACUGGAGCCCUGCAGGCGUUCGAGAGGCAGCAGGGCCAGUCGCAGAUCAAUCUGGAAAAGGUGCGGAUGCAGCACGCCUGCCUGGAGGAGUCGUUGGAGGGCUUCAGGAGGGACCUGGAGCAGACCCUUCGCCACUGCGCCGUGUCAGACCCGCGGAGCUCCGAGGAACCAGGAGAGAACAGCAAGCUCAGCCUGCACACCCUGCUGGACACCCUGAGGAAGACCCUGACCAGUUACCAGGACACCCUGGAGAGGAGGACCAGAGAGUUGCAUGAUCUUAGGAAGAUGUAUGAAAGCGCCAUUCAGGAACAUAAAUUAUAUGAAGAAAUGAACAGCACCUUAAAGAAAAAUAUCGAGGAAGCGCACCUGGGCCUGGCCCGGGCCAACGACGAGGUGAUGCGUCUCCGCGGCGACUGCUCCAACAACGCCGAGCUGUCCAAUCGCGCGCAGGCCGAGCUGUCCGCCAUCCGCAACCGCUGGAAGCUGGAGCGGGAACGCGCUUCGGAGGCCGAGAUCGAAAUCCAGAGGCUUACCCAGCUUUACCAGAAGGAUUCCCAGGAGAAGCUGACCUUUCUUCACGACCUGUACCAGCGCCUGGUAGCAGGUUGUGUGCUAAUAAAACAACCCCAGGGCCUGUUGGGCAGUUUCUCCUGGCCCGAGCUGUGCGCCGUCCUGCAGGAACACGCCGAUGCCUUGACCUCCGACCUCAGCCGCGCUAAUGAGAAGAUAUCCCAUCUGGAGUUUGUCUGUCAGAACAGGAGCGAGGCGGUGCGAGAGCUCCAGCAGACCCAGGAAAGCACCUUCAGCAAGCUGGCGGAGCAGAUGAGGCAGAGGGAGGAGGACUUGCUCAAGCAGAGGAGGGACCUGGAGGAGCACUACAGCAGCCUGACCUCGGAGGUGCAGGCCAGGGCCAAGAAGUGGCAGAGCGCGGCCGAACAGGCCCAGGAGAAGGCCGACAGCCUGGAGCGGACUGGGAGCGAGGCCGCAGUGGACCUGGCUCGCCUGCAGAACCUGCUUCCCCAGGCCAGACGGGAGAGGGCCACCCUGCUGUCAGCCUGCGCCCUGCUGGCGGGGGCCCUGUGCCCCCUCUACAGGCAGCUCUGCUCCCUGGCCGACCAGAAGGCCCUGCUGCAGCGGAGGCUGGAGUCCAGCCAGGCCUUGGAGAAGGAGGUCGGCUCCCUGGUGCGCGCCCUGACGGCGGGGGACGAGGGCGCCGAGCGGCCGGAGCCGGGCCCCGCGGGGGCCGUGGCGGGGGCGCGGUCCUUCCGGAAAUGCGCCAUCGUCGUCAUGGCGGCCGGACGCUUCCGCAGGCUCGGGCAGCGAUCCCAGAUCCUCUUCAGCCUGGAGCGCGACUCCGCCGACCUCCCGGCUCUGUCCGUCUGCGCGGGGGGGAGCAGGGCGUCGGACCCUGCUAGCGGGCAGGAGAGAGGGGCACGUCGAUCCGACAUGGCCCUCCGCUGGUUCCAAAGCAAAGCGUUAUUGGACCUGGUCCUCAGCACCGUGGGGGAGCUUCAGGAGCAGGUGACUAAAGAAGGGCCUGGCUCUCCGGCCUCUCGCUCCGGGUUCUUGGCUGGGGCGCGGAGCUGCUUCGCCAAGCUGAUGGAGCGGCUCUUGCUGGCGAUGGACGGAUCCUCCAGGCUGCCGUGUCUGGAGAAGGGGGCACUGAGCGGGAGGCUGGGCCAGGGCCUUCAGAAACUCAACCGCAGAGCUUCUCAGAGCGACGCGGCUGCCGCUUUAACGAGCAAGGGCGCGGUGGCGGCCCUGCAGAGGCUGGUCCUGGAGUUCACGCAGAGGCUGCACUCCGCCGAGGUGGAGCGGCGGAGCCUCAGGGUGGAGCUGGCCGAGCAGAAGCGCAGCGCUGCCGAGGCCAUGGAGCAGGACCGCCAAGACCGCCGCACAACGGGGGUGCCGGUGGAGCGCUUCGAGAGCCUGUGCGCGGAGCUGGGCAGCGCUCUGGAGCGGGAGCAGCAGGCCCAGGCGCUGCUCCAGGAGCAGGCCCUGCAGCUGAAGGAGCUGGGUCUCAGGCUGGAGCUGCACUCCGGGGAGGAGGCCGAGAAGGACCAGACCCUGUCCGACGCAGUCAAGAGUCUCUCGGAGGCGAAGACGGAGCUGAAGAGGAAAGAUCAAUCCCUCCGUCAGCUGGUCCGGCAGCUCUCCCAGCUGCAGCAGGACAAGCGGCAGGUGGAGGAGAGCAUCCGGCAGGCAGAGAGUGCCCUCCGCCUGGCAGCCAAGAGCAAGGACGCUCUGACGGGGUACAUGAGGUCGGUGGAGAGCGCUCUCGAUGACGUCAAAGAGCGCAUCUUGCUGUCACGGGCGGCGGUCACCAGGGAGGACUUCACCCUCCAGUUACCCAGAGUGCACCUGGACACGCCGGGGUCGGAGAGGCUGAUGGGCGGGCCGGAGAUGACGGCGUGUCAGAGCUUCAUCUCCACCUUCAUGGACGUGUACCAGAUGGCCUGUUCCAGGAUGGCCCUGCUGGAGAAGGAGAUGACCUCCCACCAGGCCCACAUCUCCCACCUGAAGAACGAGCUGCAGGACGCCUGCCUGAGGGAGAACCAGUGCUUCGUCCCAAUAAGGACCCCUCCUCGUCCUCAGGUGCCUGAACCCCCCAUGUCCCCGCAGUCCCCUCACCCACCAGAGAGGGCGGUAGAGAUGGUGUCGCUCCAGCCUGAAGCGGAACUCCCUCGCCGAGCGAGCCCCAGAAACGCGUGGUCUCAACGGUCCGGCUCCUCUCUCUCCGGCUCCCACAAGACCUCCAGAGAACCCAGGGACUCUACCAGGAGCCCCUAUUCCUCCGGGGGUUAUUGGACAUCUAAAUGAACCAUUUCUAAACUGACAUGUGACUUGGAUACGGUUUGAAGUGGAUGAUUUUUUUAAAGGGAGAGUGCCUUUACAAGUUUUAUUUAAUUUGCUUUGCACUUGUCCAGAUUAAUUUGAGCCACACAUUCAUUGUAUUUAUUGUUGCUGGUGGUAAUACAAUGCUUCUGUUUUUUUUGUUGUUGUUGGUUUUUUUUUUUUUACCCCUCUUUGAAUGUGAUUAACAAAACUGAUAAAACAAAGCAUUUAAAGUC